CUGCAGACCGCUCUGGUUCUACAGAAAUGUCCACAGUUCUUCAAAACAUACAAAACAAACAAAUAAACAAACAAAUAAACAUCCCACACAAGAAAUACCGGCAGUUUCAUAAAAGUCCCCACUAUGUUAGGAUGGAUUAGUUUUUCAAAGCUACAGUUAUGAACAACCUUUAACCUGCUGCCAGGCAUGGAGGAGGCAGUAUCAUGCUCUGCAGAGGGCUUUCUACAAGAGCUUCUGGACUGGUUCAUGUUUGGUUCCAGUCUUGGUUCUCCUGGUUUUGGAUGUGAUUUAAAGCUGGUUCAGGAUUUAUUUGACUCUGGAUCUGGUCCUGGUUUAGGACUGGUUUAGGACGGUCUGGGGAAGGUUUUGUCUCUUUUUUUUAGGAGUAGUUUAUGUUUGGUUUUGGUCUUGUAUUGGUUUUUGACUUUUUAGAAUUGAUUUCAGAAUGUUUCUAGGACUGGUUUACAAUUGGUUUUAGGACCAGUAAAGGACUGGUUUCAGACUGCAUUUGGGGCAGUCUAUGGAGUAUUUUUAGGAGUAGUUUAGGUUUGGUUUUGGGUUUUGUACCAGCUUUCAACAUUUCAGGACUGGUUCCAGACUCUAUUCUGACUAGUUCUGAACUUUUUAGGACUGGUUUAGGUUUGAUUUUAGUCCUGGUUUUAGAGUUUUUUAGAACUGAUUUCAUGUCUCUAGGACUGGUUUACUUGUUUUAGGACCAGUUAAGGACUGGUUUCAAUCUGUAUUUUGAGCAGUUAUUUGAGUAUUUUUAGGGGCAGUUUAGGUUUGGUUUUGGUCCCAGUAUUAGAUUGUUGUUGUUUUUUUUUUGUUUUUUUUUACUUUUUUAGAGCUGUUUCAGACUUCUUCUAAAGCUGGUUUCAGUUGUGGUUUUGGACCGUCUUGUCUCUUUUUUGCAGCUGGACCUCACAGGGAUGGAAAAAUAGGAGUCUGUCAGAGAGCUGAGGCGUGUCCUUAGUCUGCUGUUUGUGGAAACUGAAAGUAAAACAGAAGAUUUCUCAACACGAGCAGAUCAACAGCAGUAAACAGAUAUGACCUCGGCCGGCGGUUUCCGAUCCGAAGAGCAUCUCCGGUGUUUAAUCUGCCUGAACGUUUUCACCGAACCCGUCUCGAUUCCCUGCGGUCACAACUUCUGCCGGAGCUGCAUCACCGACUUCUGGGCCUCCUGUGACGUCCAUCACUGUCCGCUGUGCCACCAGACUUUUGACAAAACCCCACAUGUGCGAGUCAACCAGGAGCUCAGGGACGAUGUGGAGGCGUUUCAAAGAGCUGAUGGUAAUGCUGCUCAGUCCUGGAAGGUUUCCUGUGACCUCUGCAGGCGUAGAGCCCUGAAGUCCUGCCUGGUUUGUCUGGUCUCCUACUGCGACGAACACCUGCAGCCUCAUCAGUCGGCUCAGGCGCUGAAGUGGCACAAACUGAUGGAGCCGGUGGAGUCGCUGAAGGAUCGGGUCUGCAGCAAACACAACAAGCUGAAGGACUUCUUCUGCAGGGAAGACCAGAUGUGCAUUUGCGCAGUGUGCAUGAAGGACGAACACGCCACGCACGAAACCGUCGCCACACAGGACGAGUCUGUGGCAAGACGAGCCGAGGUGAUGCGGAUGAAAGCCAAAGUCGACCGCGAUGUGAGCGACAAGAUCACCAAGGAGGAGAUGAUGCAGAAGUCGAAGCGGCACCGUCUCCUCAUGAUGCAAAAAGCUAAAGCAGAAACUGAAACGUGCUUCGGCGCUCUGAUUUCGUCGAUCAGGCUCAAAAAGGUGGAGCUGAUGAAGCUGCUGGAGGAGAAACAGGAAGCAGCAGAGCGGCAGGAAGAAGAGCUGAUUGGACGCCUGCAGCUGGAGAUCGAUAGCAAACGCAGGAUUGGCGCCAAACUGGAGGAGCUCUCAAACACCAAGGAUGACUUCCAGCUGCUGCAGGAACUCCCGUCUGCUUCCUCGUCUUCAGCCUCAACAAGCUUCGACACCAAGGUCCAAAGUUUCCUGCAGGUGGAGGCCUUGAGGACGGCGGUGGUCAAGACUGAGGAGACGUUCAACCAACAAAUGGAGAACAUCAUGAUGGACCUCAAAGGAGACAAACCGAUGGAUUCCCAGACUGUGUUCGAUGAUGAACUCGGGAGAGUCCAGCAGCAAUACGCAAAAACAGUGACUCUGGACGCCAACACAGCUCACCCAGCUCUCAUCGUGUCCCCGGACAGGAAGCAAGUAAUGGAUGGAUUCCAGAAGAGGAAAGUACCCGACAACGUCUCCAGGUUCGACUGUCUCCAUUAUGUCCUGGGAAAUGAAGGCAUCUCCUCCGGAAGGUUCUACUAUGAAGUCAAAUCCAUCAGCAGACAAACCGGGUGGGAGGUUGGAGUGGUGAGAGAAUCAGUCAGCAAGAAAGGCAUCAAUUUGUCCCUCAGCCCUGAAGAUGGAUGCUGGACGUUGGGUUUGUACUGGGGACAGCUUCAGGCGAACACCAACCCUCCCAAGAUCCUGUCUUUGUCCAAAGACCUCGACAAGAUCGGUGUCUUUGUGGAUUACGAAGGAGGGCUGGUUUCUUUCUACGACAUCAACGCUCGAGCUCUGAUUUACUCGUUUACUGGAUGUGUCUUCACAGUUAGGCCAAAAGUUGAGGAAGGUUUUGGAAACAAUCUUUUUCAAUUCAGACGGCCAUGUUGCACCGUCAACUCAGUAAAUACCAAGAUCUACCCGAUCUUCAGACCGAGUUUUUAUCCUCUACAGAUCACUGCUGUCAGUAGAGGAAAAUAGUGAUGUGGGUUGCCCAGUUUCUGUUCUGUUCUGUGGAGAUUUGUGAUCUUUGGUUUUAGUUGUAAAUCGUAAAGCUCUGAAGUCGCUAAAGGAAUAGUCCUGCAAGAUUCUUAAAAUUUCAGGUUCUGGACAAUGGUCAGUUUCAUGAAGACUUCAUGGAGGUUUAUUCAAGGGCUAGAUUUACACCAAAAAUAAGGAUCUACCCAAUAUUCAGACUCAGAUGGGAGAGUUUACCAUCACUACAGAUCACUGCUGUCAUCAGAGGAAAGUAGUGAUCCGGACAGUGUUCUGUAGAGACUUACAUUGAUGGUUUUGUAGUCUUUGGUUGUAGUCGUAAAGCAUAAAGCUCUGAAGUUGGCUCAGGUGCAAAAACUGAUCCACCUUGUAGAGUCACUAAAGGAUCGGUUCUGCAAGAUUCUUAAAAUUUCAGUUUCCAGACAAUGGCUCCAGAUUUGACUGACUCGAUUUAAGAUUCAAUGUGGGCAUUGAAGACACACUGUAAAAAAAAGCAACAACAAAAAAGUAAGUUUUCUUAUGUUUACAGAUGUUUUUCUUCAUUUUAUUUUCUUACUGUCAACAAUUUUUUUCCAGACAGGACACAAAUGUUGUAUGAUGGACAAGAAAGGAAUAUUUUGAUUAAGUUUCCUUUUUAUUUUUAACUAAAUAAAUACUUUAGAGCAUAACGGUGUCUCAAAUUUACUACUAAAAUGAAUAAAUAAUUAUAUUGUAUUAUAUUAUGCUAUCAUUUGUGAUGCAUGUUAUUUUAUCAGUACACAAACGUUGUGGUCUCACUUAUUUUUUCUGAAUGAAUAUAUAAAGUUGUGCCAUUUAACAGGUGAUAUAAUUGCACAGACUUUGGGCAUUUUGCCAUCAACCAUCAUGGCAGUUUUCUGUCCCAAUCGAAGGUCAGACUCUCUCUCCCCU